AUGGCGUCUACGGAAGGCCUUGUGCCCAUCACCCGGGCUUUUCUCGCUUCCUACUACGACAAAUAUCCUUUCCCUCCUCUUUCCGACGACGUUUCUCGGCUUUCCUCUGACAUGUCUUCUCUUAUCCAGCUACUAGCCCAACAAUCUUCUCCUUCACAAGGGGAAACUUGCCUGAUCGACGAAGCUAACCAGCCGCCUCCUCACAAAAUUGAUGAGAAUAUGUGGAAAAAUCGUGAGCAGAUGGAGGAGAUAUUGUUUCUUCUGCAACCAUCUCGUUGGCCUGUUCAGCUCCGGGAACCUUCCACAUCUGAAGAUUCUCAACUGUCUUCUAUAUUGCGAAAUCUCAAGGACAAUUUUGAUAACGCAUUGACUGCUCUGAUUUCCUUCCAGACCAAAAAUUCCGAGCGCGUAUUCAGCACAGUUAUGACCUACAUGCCUCAAGAUUUCCGGGGAACGCUCAUCAGACAGCAGAAGGAGAGGUCGGAGAGGAACAAACAGGCGGAGGUCGAUGCGCUGGUUAGCUCUGGAGGGAGCAUACGCGAUACGUAUGCUCUUCUUUGGAAGCAGCAGAUGGAGAGGAGGAGACAGUUGGCUCAGUUAGGCUCUGCGACUGGUGUUUAUAAAACCCUGGUCAAGUACUUGGUUGGGGUUCCACAGGUGUUGUUGGACUUUAUUCGACAAAUAAAUGAUGAUGAUGGGCCAAUGGAAGAACAGCGAGAACGUUAUGGACCUCCUCUAUAUAGUCUCACAAAGAUGGGGAUGGCAAUCCGGGUUUUCCUAACACUUCUGUGGGAAAGAUAUGAUACCUUCAAACUGAACAGAGACCAAAUAAAUAUUCUGUCUGAAGCUGCUAUUGCCUACACAUCUGAGUUUGAAAGAUUCGUCACAUUUAUCAGCGAUGUAUUUGCCAAUUCUCCCUUCUUCAUUUCAGCUGAUACAGCUGGCAUAUUGGGCUCAAGGGAAAAUGAGGAGUACAAGGAGAUAAUCGUUCAAGCUGGGAGAACCUAUGAGGUCUCAUUGAUGGUGGAAUCCGAAAAUUCAUAUAUUGCUUGGGAUUUUUCUUUGAUGCAAGGCAAGAUAAGCAUGGAUAUUGGAUUUAGCGUGGAGUAUAUAAGUGCUUCAGGGGAAAAGACUCUCAUAUUACCUUACCGUCGGUAUGAAGCUGAUCAGGGCAACUUCUCUACGUUAUUGGCUGGAAACUACAAACUUGUUUGGGAUAAUUCAUAUUCAACUUUCUUCAAAAAGACUCUUCGAUAUAAAGUGGAUUGCAUACCACCAGUAGUGGAGCCCGUGGAAGAUGAAGGUGGAUUACAGUCAUGA